GGAUGAAGAGGAAGAGGUGUAUAAAAGAGGAGGAGACGAGUGGCAGCAGAAGAAGAAGAAUCUGAGCCUCGACACCACAGAAGAAGAAACUUGAGUUCACUUCCUCCAGGUUUUGAAGAAUCGUCGUGGCGAUGGAAAGCGUCCGAGCCGUCGUCUUCCUCUCCGUCUGUCUGACCCUGCUGACCUCACUGUGUCAGGGUCAAAGGUCGGCCGACUCGUCCACACCGGACGAACCGAUCGUGGAGCUGGCGGAGGCUCUGCAGGGUUUCCUUGACGACAGCAGGGUGGGUCUCUCUGUGGAGAAGAAAGCGAGCGUCAUCCCCCGGUGUGAUGUCGGUGAACGUUGUGCGAUGAAACAUGGACCUCGUAUCGGUCGACUGUGCGACUGUCUGAGAGGAACGGCCUGCAACACCUUCUUCCUGCGCUGCUACUGAACACACACACACACACACACACACACGUCUCUGUCUGUCUCUCAGAUUCAUGUUUUUUUAUGAAAUAAAGAGUCAGAUUCAUAAAAGCU